UAGAGAAACAUCAACCAACGACAACAAACAUAUCUCAGACUCUCAACGGUUUGUGCCCCUCUCUUCGCCACACACACAAAGCACCUACACAUAAAUACCAGAGAGAAAGAGAGUUUCUGGAAAGAAAACAGUUUUCUUCUUUAAGGCUUUGGGUUUGUUUUUGCAGGUGAAAAAUGGAAGCUAAAGAAGAAGUUAUUUCUGUUGAGCUACCAGCUCCUCCUGCUUGGAAGAAAAUGUACUUGCCGAAGAGAGCAGGUACACCAAGGAAGAGUGAAAUCAUGUUUAUUGCUCCAACUGGGGAAGAGAUCAAUAACAGGAAACAAUUGGAGCAGUACCUGAAGUCUCACCCUGGUAAUCCAGCAAUCUCAGAGUUUGAUUGGGGUACUGGAGAGACACCCAGGAGAUCAGCAAGAAUCAGUGAGAAGGCCAAGGCAACUCCAACACCGGACAAGGAGCCUCCAAAGAAGCGAGGCCGAAAAUCAUCAGGUUCGAAGAAAGAUAACAAGGAAACAGAAUCUACCCCAGAAAAGGGCGAGAAUGAGAAAGAGAUCCAAAUGCAAGAUGCAGAGGGAGCUCGGAAGGAAGAUGCAGAUUCUGGAAAAGAGAAAGAAGUUAUCAAGGAAAAUCAAAUUGAGAAAGUUGAUAAAGGAGAAAAAACUGCUGAGACAAAGGAUCCUGAUACAAAAAUGGAAGAAGCUGCACAAGAGGAAGUUAAUAAAAACACUAAGAUCCAAGAGAACACUGUUGAAGACAAGGAAAUGAAGAAUGUUAAUGAAGAAGACAAGGAUAAGGAGGAAAAUGCAGUAGAGGUUGGUCCUGGCGACGCCUCUGCAAGUAAGGUGCCACAAACUGAGUUGGAGAAAGAGAAUGCCCCAGGUAACAAGGACAUCCCAGAUUCUGCGACUGUGGAAGUGAAUGGGGGAGCACAGAAAGAGAGCGCCAAUGGAACAGUUCCUGCUUCUGAGGGAGAAGUGAAAGAGAAACCAGAGAUACAGGAGAAUGAUGCUAAGAGUAGCAUCCCUGUAGAUGGAAAAGGCAAGACAAUAGAUGGGGAAAUCACAGAAAAUGGAAAAGUUAACCAGGCAGCGCAAAAUGAUACCCCGCAAAAUGCAGCUCCUCCAGUGAGCUGCUGAAUGUACUGUACUAUUUGUCCAUGAUCUGUAGUACUCUGCUCUUUUAGUUGUGAUGACUUUUUGGAUUCCUUGGAUGACUGUAGCAUUAAUGUUGUCGUCGUUGCUAGAUUUCAUUUAUGUCAAUACUAGAUUUUAAUGUAUGUAGGUAAAUCAUGUAUGCCACCUAGAGUAGGCCGUAGUUGUUGCAGUUUUUGUUACUUUGAGCAGGAACUUAUGAAUGUAGGCUCCAGAACUCAUCUCAACAGUUAUGGUUAGUGACUAAACUAAAUUAUUCAUGUGCUUGCA